UCAGACUUGCAAGUGUAGUAGACAGUUAAGUUAGAUACACUACUCUGGUUUUAGUUUCCAGAUCUGUAGCAAAGUAGUCUUUUUACUUGAGUCAGAUACAAUGGCUUGGCAAAUGUGUCUCUUCUUCCUUCUAGUGAGUACUUGUUCUGAUGUCAUCACUGGUUCAACUUUUGAACAUAUAAAAGAAUCUAUAAUGAAGCUAGAGAAUGAUUUUAACACCAGUCAGUCUGACAUCGCUAAUGAUGGAUCUAUUUUCAUACAGAGAUUUAGAAAUGGACUAUGGACAGAGGCCAAUGAAAAAAAAAUCUUACUUGCCCAGAUGAUUUCCCUGUACAGCAACAUGUUGAAAAAUGAAGCCAAAACUCAAACUUCAGAGCACCUCAGAGACUUAAUAGAAGCCCUGGAAGAAUAUGAAACACAAUUCAGUGAAAGCUUGAAGAAAGCAAAAGAUCUUAUUGAGGUGGCAAACCUUCCAAUGAAUGAUUUGAAAAUCCAACGCAAGGCAGUAGCUGAAAUGUUUCGUGUCUUGCUUGAAGUGAACGCUGAAGAAAUUAAAAGACAAAGGAGAAGUAGAAGACACAAUCCAAGAGGCCAGAAGGGACAUCUAGCAAAUCUCAGAGGAUAGCAAUCUUUUAUUAUUUUAAGAUAACUUUUUAACAUAUAAAAUUUAUUUAUUUGUAUUUAUUAGUUUAAAAUAUUAAAUUAUUUAAAAUUUAUGUUAUCUAAGAUAUUAAUAUUAUUAAAGCCAUAUUUAUCUUCUAAUAUUUUUAAAUUAAAUCUAUA